CCGCCCAAAAUUCCCACUUACGUCAUCCCAAAACUAUGUCAGGGGCAUAUUUUUAUUCAAAAUAAGGCAAUAAUAACAAUAACCGCACUCAAGGCAACUACCGUGUCUUUUUAAACCUGCCGUACUUAUUUUACCGUUGACCUUCCUUCAAAAAUUGGCCAUGCGACUCUAACCUCAACAUGGACACCGAGACGAAACCGCGCUACUCUCCCGAAUUUAAACUGAAAGCUGGAUUUUUUCUGGCCGGUGUCUCGGGCAUAUCAGCCCUGGUUGGUUUUGGGACCACUUUGGCCGCCGCAAAGAAACAAGACCCCAAGUUUUUUGGGAAAGGAAUGGAAGGGUCGCGCGCUAUGGGCGAAACUGGGGCUAGUUUGGCCUUACGGGCUCUCGGGUGGGGCACCUUGUAUGCUGUGACAGGGUGCGGAAUUUUAUUCUACACUAUUUGGAAAGUCUCAGGAGCGCAAAAUUUUGAGGAGUUUAGAUACAAGGUUGGCAGCAUUUUGCCGAGAAUACCCAAAAAUGAGCCGCAAGGCAGGACUGAAUUCAGCGGACUGAACGAUCUUUUGAAUUAUUUACAGCACCAGAAAGGUCAAAAAGACAAAUAGCAACGCGUAAAUAUUUAUUAAUAAGUACAAUGUAAAUAAAAUUAAUCAUAAUGGAUAGAUUGUAAAACAAA